GUGCGUGUGUUGGCAGAGAUGUGCGUAUCCUUCUCCAAUCGAGUGAAAGUUAAAACCUCUGUCGCUCGUCAUGACGGUCAUGCAUCUAUGAAAGUACUUCAUACAGUUAAACAAGGGGGGAACUUCACUUUAAAGUGGUGUAAAUAUGGCCCAUCGGUCCCAGUGCUCCUCAGCGGGGGACAACCCCCUGGACCCCAACUAUCUACCCCUUCACUAUCGUGAGGAAUACCGAAUGGCUAUUGAUGCCCUGGUUGAUGCUGACUUAGAGGGAUACUAUGGAUUCCUCCAGGAAGCAGAUGUGGUUGAUUUCUUAUCCCAUUCAGAGAUUGAGUAUAUCAAAUGUAUGGUGAAGGCUCCGCAUCAACAGACAGCCCAACCAGAAAAGAGAUACAUGGCCGAAGAUGCAGAUGGCUCGUCCGACACCUACUGGCCUGUUCAUUCAGACCACGAUGCUCCAAGCCUUGAAUUAGGCUGGCCAGAGCAUUACAGAUUUGUUGGACCCACAGAGGUCACUACACUGGUCAACCCACCUGAGCCUGAGAUGCCCAGUAUCAAGGAGCAAGUCCGCAGAUUGAUCAAGCGUGCACAACAUGUUGUUGCCGUGGUGAUGGAUGUGUUUACAGAUGUUGAUAUCUUUGCCGACAUCCUUGGCGCUGCGAUGCGUGGUGUAGCUGUUUAUAUUCUUCUUGAUGAACUGAAUGCUCACCAUUUUGUUGCAAUGGUGAACAACUGUAGGGUGAAUCUGGAUGAGAUAAAAUUCAUGCGAGUAAGAACUGUGUCUGGCAGUACCUAUUUCUGCCGCACAGGCAAGACUUUCAAAGGCCAGAUGAUGGAUCGCUUCAUACUGGUAGACUGCAGGGCUGUUUUAAGUGGCAACUAUAGCUUCAUGUGGUCAUUUGAGAAGAUACAUCGCUGCCUAGCGCAUCUGUUUCUUGGACAGCUUGUGACUACCUUUGAUGAAGAGUUUCGGAUUCUGUUUGCCCACUCAGAGCCACUAGUAGUUGAAAAUGUUUUGGCAAAUAUUCCACACUACAGCAGUGAGCAAGGAAGUUACCACAACACAGAUAAGAUUCACAUGCUUAAGAGAGAACAUCCAACUGUGGACAUGAAAUGGACUGAAUAUCCUGCAGAUGGCCAUGUGAAUGCUGGUCACAAAAUGCUACCCUUUAGGAGUUGUGAAUCCAUUCACACUGCAGUAGAGGAAAAUCCUUCUGUUCAGAGGCAUGUGAAUCAACAAUUUCGUAGGGACCAUAAAUUUAUAGAGCAUGAAAGACAAAUAAAAGGGCCAACAAAUAUAGCUAGCUUCAAAGGGCGUGGCAAUGCAGACGUACCUAAUUAUGAAUACAUGCCCCCUCAAAAUCAUGCCACAGUUAAAGGCAAGCAGUACAAGGAGGAAGUAGUGACCCAGGGCACCCACUUUGCAAGGGAACCAGGUUUUUACCAACAGGGAACUGGAUUACAGCCUGGUUAUGACAUGUAUGGCAGGAUUAGAGGCCAAGGCUACCAUGUAGAUCAGUUUUCAGGUUCUGGCUACCCUCAUGAGGGAGAUGAGGCUGGACCACCUGGUGAUUAUGAUCACGUUCAACGAUACUUGCAGUCUCACUCUCCUGUGGAGGAAGGACACGGUGACAGGAAUCUAUUACCGCCUGUGAAAUCUAAUCUCGGGAGACAUAACAAAGGUCAGUCUUAUGCUUGUCAGACCUCCCCAACACAACCAAACCUACAAGACCAGAAACAUUUCUUCAAUGUUAACCACAAACCACAGGAUGUGAGCCAAAAGCAGGGGCUGCGAGAUUGGAGGAUCAGUUCUUACCUUAGUGCAUAUGAUGAUGCUGGAGAAGUGGAUUUGUCUGAACUUGAAGGAUCUGACUCUUGUGAUAACGUUCCAUAUUUUAUGCAGGAAGGGCCUUGUGGCCCUGUAGGUGCUAAAAUCAGACCAGGUAACAGGGAGUUUAACAGGAUUCCUUCAUCUAGGGAAAAUCCCACACUUCUCCAGAUUCAAAACCCUUCCGCUCUGCUUGACAGUUCAGUAAACCACCCAGCAGACAUUACACAAAUAAAUAUCAAAACAAUGCCUACAACAACUUCAGAGUUAUCUUGCAACAUUGAGGUUGGAAAAGUGGAGGAGACACAGAACAGUAAACCUAAAGAGACCAAUCUGAUUAUUGAAGAGUUCCACAGGAAGAAACCGACUCGCACUGUCCAGAGCUCCAGACUAAGAUACUCACAAAUAUUCAAUUCAAAUUUGGAGUUGAAUACUUCAGAGAUGAAAGAUACUUUAGGAGAAAAAGAUGGAGAUGAGACUUCAAAACUUUCAGCUCAUGUGUCACAUUGGUUGGAUAAAAGAAGGUCUAGCACAAGAGAGCCUUUUCAGUGGAGCAGUUUUGCAAGGCCAGCAACAGUUGAUAACCCAGUCAUGGAGUCUGCACACUCUGAGGAAGUACUGAACAAAGUUGGUGCAACUUCUGAUGUAGAUAAUGUUGAGAAACUGCCUGAACAAGUACAAUCAGCAGUUUUGGAAGGAAAUAGCCAAAGCGAUGAAUUGGCAUCAAAAGUAUUUCAAAGGUCAACUUCUUUCAUAGACAUGAAUGAUCCUGACUGUAGACUGAGGUAUUUCAAAGAGUUAGCAGCCAAACGUAAAGCUGAACUUACAGGAGCCAAAGCUUCUCAAAGCAAUCUUGGUAAAUCCCCCCAAAAGUCUGAUGCACCUGAGAAACCUUUUACUAGGAACACAGUUAAAAAGGCAGAGCAUGUUUUCAUGACCCCAGCAACCUUAGUUAAGUCAUCAAAUGCCACUCUCAGAGCACCAGUUAAACAAGAAACUCUUGAUAACCCUGAAUGUGGGGAAUCUAGUGAAGAACUCUCGCAUAGAGCCACAGAUGCUGAAAAAAUUCGAUUGAAGAAAAAAAUUGCAGAAGAAUCUGGCUCAUCAACCCCCAUUUUAAAUGUCUGUAUACAAAAGCAUGUAUGUGAUUUGUCUGCUGACCCCAUUGCAACAAAAAGUGUACAUUCCCAAAAAACACUUGCAGUGGGGGCAGACUUUUCCCAACACUGCCCUACAACAGAUGAAGUAUCUUCCCAGCAGCCUACUGCAGCAGAAAGUGAAUCUUUCCAACAAUUCACUGCAACUGGGUCAGACUCUUCCCAAUACUCCACUGCAACACAAAGUGGACAUUCCCAAAAACCCACAGCAAUAAGUGCAGACUCUUUCAAACCAAGAACUGCAAUGGGGGCAGACUCUUCCCAACAGCCAAAUGCAGCAGAAAGCAAACACUCUACUGCAAUUGGGACAGACCCCUCAUCAACUACAACAGGAAAUGAACUUCCCCAAGCCCCCACUGCAACUGGUCCAGACUCCUCCAAAGAUUCCCCUACAAUGGGGGCAGACUCUUUCCAACAGCCCACUGCAACAGACACAGACACUUCCCAACACCCCACUGUAACAGAUACCAUCUCUUUUGAUCACCCCACUGCAUCAAACACAGACUCUUUCCAACAAUACACUGCAAUAGAGACCGACUCUUCCCAGCAACAUACUGUAACUGACACAGACUCUUCCCAGUACCCUAAUGCAACAGACAGAGACUAUUCACAACACCCUGCUGCAAUAGACACAGACUCUUCUCAGCAUCCCAGUUCAACAAACACAGACUCUUCCCAGCAGGCCACUGCAACAGAGACAGACUCUUCCCAGCAGGCCACUGCAACAGACACAGACUCUUCCCAGCAACCCAUUGCAACAGACUCAGACUCUUCCCAGCAGACAAAUGCAACAGACACAGAUGCUCCCCAACAGCCCACUGAAACAGAAAGUGUACAUUCCCAAAACCCCAUUUUAGCAGACACCAACUAUACAGAUCAUCCAACUGCAACAGACACUGACUCUUCCCAGCAGCCCAAUGCAACAAACACAGUCUCUUUACAUCACCCCACCUCAAAAGACACAGAAUCUUCCCAACACCACACUGCAAUAGACUUAGACUCUUCCCAACACCCAACUGCAAUAGACACAGACUCUUCCCAACAACCCACUGCAACCAACACAGACUCUUCCCAACACCCCACUGCAACAGACACAGACUUUUCCCAGCAGGCCACUGUAACAGACACAGACUCUUCCCAACACCACACUGCAAUAGGCACAGACUCCUUCCAACACCCCGCUGCAACAGGGACUGACUCUUCCCAACACCCCACUGCAACAGAUGCUUCCCAACAAUGCAUUGCAAAAGACACAGACUCCUCCCAGCAUCCCCAUGCAACUGACACAGACUCUUCCCAACACCCCAGUGCAACAGACAUAGACCCUUCCCAGAACGCCAAUGGAACAGGUCACAAAUUGAUCCUGACAGGCUCAGUGAGCACAUCUAUACUUGAAACUAACUCAGGGAAAAUUCUCUUGACCCCAGUAGCUUGCACCAUACAAAAUGCUGAAGUCAAAUCCGCUGAACAUGGUCCAGCAGAUGACAGUGCAUCAUGUCUUGAAAUAACCUUGCCCAUUGACACCACCUCAUCAGAAACAAGCCUGUCACAAGAACACAGGUCACCUAAAAUGAAUGAGCAAAAAGACAAUAGAGUUUGUCAAGUCUUGAGCAAACAAGGACCUAUCCCAGCUGCUAAAAUUACUCAAACAGACAGCAGCGUAUCAUUAAAUACAGUCAUCACAGACUUAGGUUCCUCGGCUGAACAUUCCCAAUCUGAUUCUUUGGCACCUUGUGCUUCCUUAGAGAGCAGUUCGAAUUUUAAUUCUGAUAUAGCACAACCCUGUCCACAGAGUGAUGAUAGCCAAUUGGAACUAAAUUCUUCCCCCAACCAUACACAAGCACAAGCUAAAUCACCUAUACCUCCUGUGAUAAAAGACACUAACAGUUGUGAAAAUGACCCAAAACCUGAUAAAUACAAGGAUGAGUGCCAAAAUAAUGAAAUCAUUGAUGAGCAAACUCAGAGGCAUGACACUUCAGCUAGACCCACGGGACAUGAGAAAUCUGAGGUUUCCACAGCACAAGACCCUAUCCAGGUUAAUAGAACCAAAAAUACAACACCAGAGACCGAAAACUCUGUGACAAACAUUGCAGAGGUGUCUGCAAAAUCAAAACGUGACUUGAUUGUACAAAGUGAUGCAGAAAAUCAGUCUUCUGUUACAGAGAAACCAAAAUCAAUUCUACCCACCCAUCAGUCAUCUACUGCAAAUCUUCUCUCAUUCAGCAACCUUAGAGAUGACACCAAAGUUCUUUUAGAACAAAUUUCAGCAAAGAACCAAAGCAGAGCAUCCCAGUCCAAACAGACUUUUGAAACCAAAGAGGGUGAGGUUAACUCUGCAGGAAGGCCCUGGUCAUCCAAGGCUACAGCAGAAGACCGGGCGAAGUUACUACAAAAGAUGGAUGUACUGCGUAAAGAGAGAAAGGUCUACAGUCGUUUUGAGGCCACAUAAAUUGGGACUAAACCUUUGGAAGAGCGGCUCCGUUGACAUAUUUUACUCCAGCUGUACCUCAUUACUGUGAACCUGCACACUAUGGUCAGAGUAUCUCACAACACGUGACUCGAACAAAUAGCGCCUCCUACCUUGACGGAGUGGAAACCAAUGCAAUUCAACUUGACAAGAUUGAAAUUAACUCUUAGCCUUAGCACUAGCCCUGAAUUCAAGAGCAGCUAUGCAGAUGGACUGUGUGACAGAGGACCAGACCACAACCACUUCCUGCUUGAAAAAGGUUCAGACAGGGCUGGUAUUUCCUAUUGUAUAGUGAAACACAUAGCUGAAGACUUUGAAAUUAUCUGGAUUUCUGUAUCCAGAAAUUGUGAUCUGAUCUCCAAUUAUUUUCAGAUGACACAACAAACAAUUAUGUUAUUAUGUCUGUGUAUCUUAAAUGAUUCAAACCGUAAGACAAAAAAUUAUUAUAGAAAAAACGAGGUCACAGUUUAAAACUUUUCAUAUUCAACGAUAUUUGGUACAUUAAUGUGAAAACAUGUGACGCCAGUCUGACACAAUUCGGUUAUUGUGCAUUUAAAAUAAAAUGUGCAAUUUUGGGAGUUGAGGAUGAGAUACUGAUAUUGAUUUAUUUAAACUGUGAAGUAUGUUUGUAAAGAGUUGUUUUUUGACAAGGGUUCACUGGCUGGACUUUGUGAACUGCAUUUGACGAGAACCAAUAAUGUCUUAAAAAUCUGUUUAUGUUGCUAUCCCUUCCAAAGGCUGUAAGAUUGAAUUAUGUUCAAAACAGAGUGAGGUGUUUUACACUGACAUGAAAAUAAAAUAAAAGUAGAACAUAGGGCAUGUUCCCCUAA